AUGGGUUGUUGUACAUUUAAAUUGUAUAAAGAGGAAGCAGGUAUUAAAGAUAUUAAUUUAAGUCUUAACUAUAGAGGAUAGAUAAUAAGAUUAGAUAGAUGCAGGGGUUACUCAUUAAAUUGUUGGAAAUGUUACAACAAAGAUAUUAUUUUAAGAUAAAGAAACUAGUGCCAUUAAAUCAAGUUCUUUAUCAAAAGAAUAAAUUUAUUAAAAGGAUUUAGAAUAGUAGUAAAAUUAAACUAAAAAUAAGGAAGGAAAUAAUUUUGAAAUAGGUAGAAAAUCAAUUAGUGGCACUAUGAAAUUAACACCAGAAAUGUUGGUUAGAAAGUAAUGUAUAACUGAAAAGUUCCUUUCUCAUUAUGAAAUAGUGAAGAAAUUGGGAUAAGGAGGAUUUGGAGAAGUUUAUUUGGUUAAACAUUUAUCAACUGAUAAUUUGAGAGCUGUAAAAGUAAUAUUAAGAAAAACAAUUAAUUGUGAAGAAAAAUUAUUAGAAGAAACAGAAAUUUUAAAAACUUUAGAUCAUCCUAAUAUUGUUAAAGUCUUAGAAAUCUUUGCAGAUUUUAAAUAUUAUUAUAUAGUAACUGAAUAUUGUAAAGGAGGUGAAUUACUUGAUAGAAUUAAAACAAUAUCUAAAUAUAAUGAAAGAUUAACUGCUAAAUAUAUGAAAUAAGUAUUUUCAGCAAUACUUUAUUGUCAUCAAAAAAAUAUUGUUCAUAGAGAUUUGAAAGUAUUUAUUAUAAUCAAUAAAUAUUAUAGCCAGAAAAUAUAUUAUUUGAUUCAAAUGAUCCUGAUGCUAAUUUAAAAGUUAUUGAUUUUGGAGCCAGUGAAAAAAUGAUUAAUUAAUCUUGUUUAACAAAAAAAGUUGGAACUCCAUAUUAUGUAGCACCAGAAGUAAUAUCUGAACCAGGUUAUGAUCUAAAAGUGGAUGUUUGGUCCUGUGGUGUUAUACUAUACAUUUUAAUGAUUGGAAGACCACCAUUUAAGGGAUCUAAUGAUAUUGAAACUUUAAGAUUGGCUAAAUAAGGUAAAUUAAAUACAAAUAAUGAUCGUUGGAAUAAAUUAAGUGAUUAAGUUAAAGAUUUAAUCAAUAAAAUGAUAGUUGUUGAUCCUAAAUAACGAAUUACUAUGGAAUAAGCAUUUAAUCAUAUUUGGAUCUAAAAUAAUGAGAAUUAAGAUAUAGAAGAUUUUAAUAUAAUCUAAACACUUAGUCAUUUUUCUGCUUAAAAUAAAUUAAGAGCAGCAAUUAUUUAAUUUAUUUCAGUUUAAUUAGUUAAUAAAGAAGAAAGCACUAAAUUAUUUUAAACAUUUAAGUCUUUAGAUUUAAAUGGAGAUGGAGUAUUAAGUAAAGAAGAAUUACUAAAAGGAAUUUUAACUGCUGAUAUUGAUCAUUUUUAAGCAGAAAUUAUGGUUAAUGAUUUAAUGUAAGAAUUAGAUGUAAAUGAAUCUGGUAAAGUAGAUUUUACUGAAUUUAUUUCUGCUGCUCUUGUACUUUAAUCAAAAAUUACUAUAAAUAAUAUAAAGAAUGCUUUUAAAAUGUUUGAUUUAGAUGGAAAUGGUGUAAUAAGUAAAAAUGAAUUGGAAAAUAUUUUUGGAGGAAUUGAAAUUGAUAAUCAAGCUUGGGAUGAUAUUUUAGAAAAGUUUGAUUAUAAUAAAGAUGGAGUAAUUGAAGAAGAAGAAUUCAUAAAAUUAUUAGAAAAUAUUUAAUUAUGA